AUGAUAACACUGGUAUUUGUUUUAUUGUUAUCUCUUAACACGGCUAGUUGCAAGGAAUGCUCAUUAUUUGAGAGAAACAUAGCUGAAAUUCCCGAUAAAGUAAUCAAGAUUUUCGAUGAUGUCUUUGGGGACUUAAUACAAAACAUUAUCCGCCAUAAUGGAACUGUAAUUGAGACUCUAUACGAGGAAUACAAAAAAGCAGCGAACUCCGAUGACAAAAAUCUGAAUAUAACGCAAUUACUAACAAAAUAUGGUUAUCCUGUACAACAACACGAGGUAAAGACAAGUGAUGGAUAUUUAUUGACUAUGUUCCGGAUACCUAAUGAUGGGCCUCCAGUAUUAUUAAUGCAUGGUACUCUUAGCAGUUCUGAUGAUUUUUUAACCAUCGGCUCCAAUAGUGGACUCGGAUACCUGCUAGCUAAUGCGGGCUACGACGUUUGGUUGGGUAACGCUCGAGGCAACAAACAUUCCCGACGUCAUACCACUUUAUCGCCAUCCUGCAAGGAAUUCUGGGAAUUUAGUUGGGAUGAGAUCGGCCGCUACGAUUUGCCAGCAAUGAUUGAUUAUAUUUUACUUAAAACCAAAGAAGAAAAGUUAAUAUACAUUGGCCAUUCACAGGGGUCGACGACAUUUUUCGUUCUUUGCUCAGAGUUGCCCGAAUAUAAUAAAAAAAUACGCGUCAUGAUAGCUCUUUCUGCUGUGGCCUUUAUUUUUGGUAUUCCAGUAUUAAAUUUAUUAUCUCCAAUUAAUGCACUCGAAACUUUAGUUGUUGAUGCAAUUGGUGCAUACGAACUUAUGCCAAGAAAUAAAUUUCUACAACGUUUAACAGACUCGUUCUGCGGUACUCCUGCCACUGCCACUUUGGUGUGCGGGAAUAUCUUAUUACUUCUCAGUGGUGCUGAUUAUUCUCAAAUAAAUGCUAUUGCAUUGCCGGUUAUUUUCGGUCACUAUCCUGCAGGCUCUUCUACAAGACAGGCGUUACAUUAUGGACAAUUGUCGUUUUCGGGAAAAUUUGCACAAUACGAUCAUGGUCCCAUUAAAAAUCUUAUGUUAUACGGUUCAUUAGCACCACCUGAAUAUCCCUUAGAGAAAAUCACGUCGCCUGUGGUUAUAUAUCAUUCUCUUCUCGACCGAGUGACACCAAUAACUAGUGUCGAAAAAAUUAAGAAGAAACUGGGAAACGUAAGUAAAGUCAUCAAAGUACCAUAUCUUCAAUUUUCUCAUGCCGACUUCUUGUUUGCUCGGGACGUUAAGAAACUUUUAUAUGAUAGUGUUUUGGAUGUUAUACCAGAAUAUAUUGAUGAUCUAUAUUAA